GGGCCCGAUGCCUGUCGCCCCGCCUGGGGGCCCGAUGCCUGUCGCCCCUCCUGGGGGCCCGGCGCCCGCCGCCCCUCCUGGGGGCCCGGUGCCUGCUGCUCCGCCCGGGGGCCCGGUGCCUGCUGCUCCGCCCGGGGGCCCGGUGCCUGCUGCUCCGCCUGGUGGCCCGCUGCCUGCUGCUUCGCCUGUCCAGCCCGGUGUGCCUCUGCCCGGAGUCCAGCCCGGUGUGCCGCUGCCCGGAGUCCUGCCCGGUGUGCCAGUCUUUGAUAUCCCGCCAGUUACCAGACCCGGGCGGUGGAACAUUUUGCCCAGCUAGGACUGUUUGGAGCGUCCUGAGGCCGCUCCUUGAGGGGGGGGUACUGUUAGGAAUGCACUGGCCAGCAAUGGUGGGACUCACCUGCCUUUUGAUCUGCAGUACCAGGGCUGGCCAGCGGGUGCUCCCAGCAAUCAGAGACUCAACCUUUCAGCCAGCUAACACCUGGAACUGAUGAU